AUGGCCAAAGAAAGCGAAAAUCCAUUGAAUCCUAUUACUCCUCGAAAGCCACAUGAUCAGGCACAUCGUCCGCUUUCUCAUCAUCCUGGAUUCGGCAAACCUUCGCCAAUCCGCCCAGUUCAUCAUCAAAACCAACAGUCUAGUCACCCGUUCAAUAUUCCCAAGCCUAGCCAUGGACGACCAGAGCAUCAUAGACCUCAACCUCAGCCACGACCUCAUAAUCUAAACCAACGCUACCAACCGACUGUUACUCCAGUUGCUGCAAUGUCGACUCCGAAGCGGAACGAACCAUUUGAUCCUUUCAAGCCCGUCCGACCCUCUGCCUACAAUAACAAUCACUUCUCCCGCCCCGUCAAUAGCGAUGUUGUUGAAAUUCGACGUCCUGAGAAUGUUACAUUCAAUACACCACGUGCCCCCAAAACAUUCUACACCUCAAAGCCUUCGGCAGCCAAGAUGUCGAAUGCGUCCAGGAACUUGCAGAAUUACGUUGAUUUAACAAAUGAGGGCGGGUUUACCCCCAGUGCCGGUCCUCGCAAUACCGGAUUCGGCUCAAUAGAUACGCACACCUACGUGGACGUAGCUAAGGCGAACGAAAAUAUCAAGGCAUUGUUGGAAGGGGCAUUUGAAGAUGAGGAUGAACAGAAGUCUUCGAAAUCGAAGAAUAAGAAGCGAAGCAAAAAGGGAAACAAGAAAAACAAAAAGAAGAACAAGGAAGAAAACAGGGAGGCAGAGGAUAAGGGCACAGAUAUUGAUGAUCUGGCCGCCCAACUGCGGGGAGUGACCGUUGACGAACCAGCCGAUGAUGCCAAGAAAAGUGAUGCCGAUGAGUUUAUUCCAAAGCUGGAAGUACAAGAAGAUGCAGACAAAAAGAAAACUAGUAAGGAGCAAGCUGAUGUCGAAAGUGAGUCAGAAGAUGAACAGGGUGAGGAAGGGGGGGAAGAGGAUGAGGAUGAAGACGACGACGAUGGUACAGUGAAGGGGUUGAAAGUCAAGUUACUACCUCACCAGCGUGAAGGUGUGAAUUGGAUGCGUGAUAAGGAAACUGGUCAGAGCAAGACCAAGGGAAUUCUUCCUAAGGGAGGAAUCCUCGCGGACGACAUGGGUCUUGGAAAAACCGUCCAAGCCAUUGCCCUUAUGUUAACAAAUAGCAAGUCUGCGGACGGGCGCAGACGACCUGUCAAUUCUGAAGGCGAUUCUGCCGGAGAGGAAAGUGAUAGUGGGAACGAGAACAGUUCGAAACUACCACCGGGACUAAGCAAAUCCACACUGGUAAUUGCUCCUUUGGCACUAAUCAAGCAGUGGGAGUCAGAAAUACUCACCAAAGUCGAGCCAUCCCAUAAGCUCCGUGUAUGCGUAUAUCAUGGCAACGCUCGGGCAAAAGCAACGGACAAUCUGGAAGAUUAUGAUGUGGUGAUUACCACCUACGGUACUUUGACCUCGGAGCAUGGAGCUAUGAACAAAAACAAGAAGUCGGGCAUAUUCUCUGUAUACUGGUACCGGAUCAUUCUAGACGAAGCCCACACCAUCAAGAAUCGAAACGCGAAGGCAACCCAGUCGGCAUACGCAUUAGAUGCGGAAUACCGGUGGUGCUUAUCGGGGACUCCUAUGCAAAACAACCUCGACGAGCUACAGAGUCUAAUCAGAUUUCUGCGCAUAAAGCCGUUUAAUGACCUAGCAACCUGGAAGGAUCAAAUUACGAAGCCGUUGGCCAAUGGUCGGGGAGGUCUCGCAAUUGAGCGCCUGCAGGUCCUUCUGAAGGCCUUUAUGAAACGGCGUACAAAGGAUGUUUUGAAACUCAACUCCAAUCUCAAGCCGGGCGAUAAUAAAUCAGAAAGUGAUGGAAAGAAAUCCUCAGGCUUCCAAAUCACGAAAAGAGAGGUGAUCAAGGUUUCCGCUGAAUUUAUGCCAGGCGAAAUGAAUUUUUACAAGCGCCUCGAACAAAGAACAGAAAACAGCCUUGAAAAAAUGUUGGAUGAUUCGAAGAUGGACUAUGCCGGUGCUUUGGUAUUGCUGUUGCGUCUUCGACAAUCUUGCAACCAUCCAGACCUAGUAAAAAGUGAUCUAGCUAAAGAUAAAGACAUUCUCCUGCAGAAUGGUUCAUCUGGCAGUCAGUCUACUGCCGGUAAAAAAGAUGAACUUGAUAGCAUGGCGGACCUCUUUGGAGCGCUUAGUGUUAUCUCAAAGAAAUGCGACGUUUGUCAGACUGAUUUAAGCAAAGAUGAGGCAGCAAGUGGUUCAAGCCGGUGUGGUGAGUGUGAGGCCGAUCUUAAGGUCAGCCUCGCAGGAAACGACAGUUGCAAGGAAAAGAAGAGUUCCCGCAAACCGUCUAUUAUAGACCUCACGCAGUCGCCAUCAGUUAGUCGCUCAGAAGCCAAGAUGGCUCGGACCCAAAGGAAUAGGAGAGUGAUCGUCGAUAGUGACGACGAAGAAGAUGGGGAGUGGAUUGUCCCAGAAGAUCAGCGUGGAAUCCGAUCCCUUGGAAAGGCCGGAGGAACAGAUGAUGAGGAUGCUGAAGGGGGUGGCGAAUGGCUUAACUCAGAAGAUUCGGGGACUGAUGAUGAGGACGGGCCGGAAUCACCAACCCACAAUCGCAUAGGUUCAAGGGAAUCACGUCAGGAGUCUGAUUCUGAGGAAGAUAUUUAUCUGAAUCCUGGCGAUAACGACAAGAAAGUCCUUCCUUCGACUAAGAUCAAACAUCUGAUGAAAAUUCUCAGACGCGAGUCGGCUGACCAUAAGUUCAUUGUCUUCUCUGUCUUUACCUCCAUGCUUGACAAGAUUGAACCUUUCCUCAAGCGAACGGGGAUUGGAUUUGCGCGAUACGAUGGUAGCAUGCGAAAUGAUCAUCGUGAGGCCAGCCUCGACAAGCUCCGGAACAACAGUGCAACUCGCGUCCUGCUUUGCAGUCUGCGGGCCGGCGCACUGGGUCUGAACCUCACUGCAGCGAGUCGGGUGGUAAUCUUGGAACCAUUUUGGAACCCUUUCGUCGAAGAGCAAGCAAUUGAUCGUGUGCACCGCCUCAAUCAGACGGUAGAUGUCAAGAUUUACAAGUUGAUUAUCAAGGACACUGUGGAAGAGCGUAUUAUAGAUCUUCAAGAUCGCAAGCGGGAGCUGGCGAAUGUCACCAUUGAGGGGAAGACGGCAGCAGCCAAGCUCACCAUGAAAGAUAUGAUGGCCCUUUUUGGCCGGGAUGCGGAGGCUCGUUAUACCGGCGAACAAGGAGAUAUCGAUCUCUCGCAAACGGCCAGGAUUUUGGGUUCAGCCAAUGAGAACAGCCUAUCCACCGCCCAAUUGCCACGGGGCAGCGGUGCGACAUAUGGGUCAUUUUCCGAUUCUCGCAACCGAGAUCGACAGCCAGAAAAGCGCGCUUUAAGGGUUGAGGACUCGGUGUACGGACGACGAUGGUAA